UCCUGGAAUGCUCAAUCAAAGGAAUUUCCUAAGAUUUGCAAAAUCUUCGAUCAGCAAUCAGAAUGGAAGAGGACAAAUUUCAAUGUCAUUGCAAGGCGUUUAUGAUGCAUUAAAGAAGAAAUACCUGAAAAUACUUUUGUUAUGCUUAUCUGAACUGAAGCUAUUCGAAGGACUUGAUGAGCAAGAUUUAGUCAUUGAUAAGCUAGAGUUGGAUUUCAUUUUGAUUUCAUUUAGCUAUUCAAAUUUUGACAGUGAAGAGGUUAUGUUAAACAUAAGCCGAACGGAAAUAGGAAACAAGGAGCAACUUUCAAGUCAAUGUCAAUACAGACACUUAUGCCUAAUCAAACACGGAGCUCUGCUUGGAAGAUGAUCCGAACUCUGGUUCAGUUAAUGCAAACUCUAGACCGUAUGCCAGAAGUGGUAAAAAGUUUCAUUAUGCUCUUCAUAUGAAAGCAUUAUUAGGUGUUCGAGUAAGUUUCAUGUCUACGAUUUUGAUAAAAUUUCUGUAGUAUGAGGAUGUCAUUGUAGUUU